UUGGUUCCUGGGAGCAGCGAACCAUAUCGGAUAGAUGACAGGAGUCGCAGGACGACAGAUUCUUCCCACCUCUUCGCUUUUCAAAAAUAAGAGCAGUUACCAAAACCGCCUCUCUCCCUUUCUCGCUCUCUCCCGUGCAAGACAACACAGGAAGAAGAAACCUCUCUGUCUCCCUGUGCGUGAAAAGUAAAGAAACCCAUGAAUCCUUUUGAACAGCAGAGACAACCCAGCCUAGAGAGCGUGAUCGCCACACCGCUUGAUCAAUACGAAGAACCCAAGAAGCGGAAGAAGAGAAAGAGAUCGGAAUUCCCUCGACCCGCUACCACCGGCAAGCAAUUCUGCCAGUGGGAUAUCGUAGAAAGCUCCGCCACCGAAGAGACAAAGCCCGCGAAGCGGCCGUACAGGCAGAAAGCGAUCGGCAUCGCCAGCGGGGAUCCAGCAGGGGGAUUGGCAGUUCAUCCGUGUACAGAGUGCGGCAAGCGGUUCUGGUCAUGGAAGGCGCUGUUCGGGCACAUGCGAUGCCACCCAGAGCGGCAAUGGCGUGGUAUCAACCCCCCGCCGAACAUCCGGCGGCCGGCACCGGCCACACAGCCAGAGCCCUCCGUUUCUCAAGUUGGGGGCGAGGAAGAAGAGGUUGCAAGGUGCCUGGUCAUGCUCUCAACUACCUCUUCUGCUGAUGCUGGUGCUGGGCCUCGUGCGCCGAUCCCCGAUGAUGGACUGCUCCUAUCCCUCACCCUGGACCCACCUCAGCCCAGUUGCCGAUUCGAGUGCUGCACUUGUAACAAGGUUUUUGGGUCCCACCAAGCGCUGGGUGGGCACAGGGCCACCCACAAGAAUGUCAAGGGUUGCUUUGCCAGGCAUGGUGAGAAUGAACAUGGUGAGAAAAUGAUUCAUGACGAUGGCGGUGGUGAUGACCAUUAUGGGGUUGAUCAUAUUAGGAAGAUGAAGGUAAUGUGUCAACAUAGGUGUAGUGAGUGCUUGAAGGUGUUCCCUAGUGAGCAGGCUCUUGAUAGGCAUAAGAGGUGCCACUUGGUUGGCAAUGAACCGCGGCAGCACUGUGAUGACCAACAAUCAAAUAAUGGAAAAAGUUGUGUUCUGGAUCUGAAUCUGCCUGCUCCUGUUGAUAUGGAAGAAGGUUGCAGUCGUGAUCUUGUUUUAGAUCUUAAGUUGGGGUGUGGAUCACAAGUUGGUGAGUGGCUUGGAUAGAGGGAAGGUAAAGGAAGACGAUGAUAUUUCAAGUUGGUAGCUGGUUGGUACCUAUGGCUUUUCUUGAACAGAGGAUACUGCAAUUCCUUUCGUCUUUUUCUUUGUUGUGGCUGAUGUAAUAUACUCUUUUUUUUUUCCCUUUGGCACUGUAUUCAACCAAUACAGGUGGAUAUAUU